AUGGGUAUAAAGAUUUCAAUUUUUGUGAUCAUAUGUUUAGUAGGCAAUUGCUUUGAAGUUGGGGCUAUUUUGUUAUCUAACAAAGAAGAUUUAGAAUUAGAGAAACAACUUCGUCUUAUAAACAAACCGUCACUCGCCACAAUUACGACGUUUUAUGGUGAUGUAUACGACUGUAUAGAUUUUUAUAAGCAACCAGCCUUUGAUCAUAUCCUAUUAAAGAAUCAUACUUUUUAUCCUCAGAUGGAUUACAAGUACGUAAACAAAAAUAAUAGCAAUAAUUCGUCUUCCAUCAAUGCACGUCCAUUUAAAAUAUUUAAAGAAGGAGGUUGUCCGGUUGGAAGUGUGCCUAUUAGAAGAACGACAAAAGCGGAUCUCAUUAGGGAAAAGAAAUAUUUGUCGAAAUUUGAAUCUCUUGAACGAGCCAAUCCCGAUGUUGCUAUUGUCCAAACUAGUAAAGGAUAUGGCCCUUUUAAUGGAGCUGGAAUGAUAGCAGGUGUCUAUAAACCUAAAGCUAGUGGACUACAAUAUAGUGGAGUUCGAUUAAGACUACAAAAUAAUGAAGAUUUGAUUCAAAUUGGAUGGAGGGACCAAGCAACCGGUAACUGGUGGGUCGAAGUUGGGAAUAAUAUCCGAUUAGGAUUUUGGCCGGCAGGGUUGUUUAGUGAUCUAAGGAAACUAGCAACAUAUGUUGAUUGGGGUGGAGAAGUUUUUAAUACAAACGAUAAAAAAGAAAUUGAUAUGGGGCUCGGAGCUAUACCUUAUUUGAAGGAAAUCGAUAGAACUGCUUAUUGUCGGGUUCUUCAAGUUUCAACUCCGGAUGGGAAGACAACCGAUGCUGCGCGGACACAAUCAUAUACAAACGAACAAUAUCAUUAUAAUAUUUUGAAUAUCGAUCAUGCUGAUGAUUAUUACCGACACCUAAUACUUUAUGGAGGGCCUUAUAGAAACUUUUAA